AUGGUAAUGCCUGCUGCCAUAAGGCAGAUCGACCCUUCGUGGGCGGACUGCUCGCUGGGAUUCUUUGGACUUGACGAUCCGCCUAUUGCUUUGCAUGGUGCCGGAAAUUUCUUGUCGAGCAGCAGCAGCGUACCUGCGUUGCCUAUCACGACGCCGAACGAUCCUCCAGGUCCAUCAUCCACGCCGGCUACGCCUGCUGACCCGCCAGCUGAUCCGACAAGCCGACCGACUGCGCAGCCCCCGACGCCUAGCAAUGACCCGCCGAGUGAUCCGAGCGACCCGAGCGACCCGAAUGACCCUCAAGAUCCCCCAAGUCCAUCAUCCACGCCUGGAAAUCCGCCGGCUCAGCCAACGAGCCGACCGAACUCGCAACCCCCGACGCCUAGCAACGAUCCGCCGAGCGACCCGAAUGACCCUCAAGAUCCUCAAGAUCCUCCAGGUGAUCCGAACGAUCCGACCGACCCAGGAAGCCCACCAAACAAUCCGCCAAACACACCAACAAGACCAGGAAACUCUCCAAGUAACCCUCUGAAUAACCCUCCCAGCAAUCCAAACAGUCCUGGAGUUUCUCCCAGCAACGGCCAACCUGGAGCGACCCCUCCUAGUAACAACGCCCCAGCCCCGAUCACCAUCACAGAUGCUCCUGGCGGUCCCAUCGUCGCAGACCCAACAGGCGGCGUCAUCAUCAACCCGGGUACCACGCUCCACCCUGGUGAUCCUCCACUCGUGAUCUCAGGCACCACCAUCAGCGCCGCUCCCACAGGUGUCGUCAUCAUCGAUCCUUCCGGCACAAGAACCAUCCCGUUCCAGACUGAUGCACCAGGCCAAGUAACUAUAACAGCAGGCGGUUCGACUCUCGUUGCGGAUCCAUCGGGUAUCGUCGUAGCUCCCGGGACGACACUUCACCCAGGGGACCCCGCGCUCGUCGUUUCAGGCACGACGUUCAGCGCCGAUUCUACGGGCGUGAUUAUAAUUGGCCCGAGCGGCACGCAGACAGUUCCGUUCCAGACGGGUGCCGGACAAGUAACUUUCACGGUGGGCGGUUCGACGCUCGUUGCGGGUCCCUCAGGCGUCGUUGUCGCACCAGGAACGACACUUCAUCCUGGAGACGCGCCCAUUACUAUCAAUGGGACGACCAUCAGCGUGGGGCCGAGCGGCGUUGUGGUCGUGGGGCCGGAUGGAGUUAGCAGUACGGUGGCCCUACCGAGUGGGAGUUCAGGAAGCAGUGUGUUGACGAUUACGCUGGGGAACGGAGAUGUGGUCACGGCGACAAGCUCGAAUGGUCAGGUUGUGAUCGAUGGUGUGACAUUGACCCUGGGAGGGCCGGCUCAGACGCUGCCUGGUGGGCAGGUGGUGAGUCUGGGACCAUCGGGCGUGGUGGUUGGGACUGGCACGGCGGCUAGCACGGCUAUAUUUGCGGAUCCGACGUCGACGGAUGCGGGUGGUCCCGGUGUAACCAACUUCCCCGGGGAAGCUGGCAGAGUCAGGGGGAGAUGGGAGGCUGUUAUGGUGGUGAUGUUGGGUGUGGUUGUAAUGAUUGUAAUGUGA